AUCUCAUGCCGUUAAUGUUUUUUUAAAAGAAACUCUGCUUACGAGUCCCUAAUUAAACGGGGACGAAUCUUCAUUUCACUUCUCUCAAAAAAGGGGUUCCGGUGAAUCUGCAAUUCGUAGACCCUGUGCAGUCUGCACUUCCUAAGUUCACUCCAGUGGUUGGAACGCGUGGUGGAACCGAAGACGACGUACAAUGGAGUUGUUUCCUAUUCCGAGUGAAACGUACAAGCUAGGGUUUAUCGGAGCGGGGAAAAUGGCGGAGAGCAUCGCCAGUGGAGUGGUGCGAUCCGGUGUUUUGCCUCCUUCCCGUAUCAUUACCUCUCACUCCAACCCCGUCCGCCGCGACGCCUUCGAGUCCUUCGGGGUCACUCUUCUUCCCCGCAACGAAGACGUGAUCAAAGACAGUGAUGUGGUCAUUUUCUCUGUGAAACCUCACGUUGUCAAAGGUGUACUCUUGCAGUUGAAGCCACUAUUAACAAAAAAGAAGCUUCUGGUUUCUGUUGCUGCUGGAGUCAAAUUGAAGGAUCUGGAGGAAUGUGCUGAUCAAAGCCGAUUUAUAAGGGUAAUGCCAAAUACUCCUUCAGCUGUAGGCGAGGCAGCAUCUGUUAUGAGCUUGGGAGGAUCUGCAACUGUAGAGGAUGCGGACCUAAUAGCUCAACUAUUUGGAUCAAUUGGUAAGAUAUGGAGAGCUGAUGAGAAAUUGUUCGAUGCAGUCACUGGUCUGAGUGGCAGUGGCCCAGCAUAUAUAUUCUUAGCAAUUGAAGCUUUGGCUGAUGGAGGUGUGGCUGCUGGUCUACCACGAGAACUUGCACUGGGUCUUGCUUCUCAAACUGUAUUGGGAGCAGCAACUAUGGCCACUAAAACUGGGAAGCAUCCAGGUCAGCUCAAAGAUGAUGUUGCAUCACCUGGUGGGACAACCAUUGCUGGUAUUCAUGAGUUGGAGAAAGGUGGUUUCCGUGGAACUUUAAUGAAUGCAGUUAUUGCCGCUUCGAAGCGCAGCAAAGAACUUUCCCAAAGUUAGUCAUAUGCAUUUCUUUCACAACGCUGGUAAAUGGUGAUGCCGGUAUAACGUUGGAGUUUGCAAUUAUAUUUUGUCUUUUUUGUUGAGUUUUUAUUAGGUGAUCUUUUAGUCAUUCUUCAACUUUUUUCUUAGAAGAAAUUACUUGGUUUAAUAAGAAAUCAAUACCAAUUUAUAAUAAAA